AUGUGCCAGCAGUUCUUGUGGGAUCCGACCGCAGUGGGACAAGGAGAACAUUCGCCGAACAAUUUCAAGACAAUCGAGCACUGCGAGAGCUAUUGCAGAGAUGCGUCUGUUUGCGGUCCUAUUGGGGGACGCCCGCUUGACACAUCUAUUUAUUCACGUGGUUCUGUAUAUCACAAUGGAAGUGAGAACAGGGGCACGACUCCUUCGACACGCUUUUUCUACGACCCGGCCACUGGGAAAUGCUCUCCAUUCACGUACCUCGGAGCAGCAGGAAACUACAACAACUUUCUAUCCAGAAUCGACUGCGAACUGUACUGUGCCAGAUCAGAACCGCGAUGUCUGCAGGGUCAAGCCUAUAAGGACACUUCGGGAAAGUUUGUCACGUGCUCAACCAACCGGGCUGCUUCAUCCUGCCCGAUCAACUACGAGUGCUACCACGACGGCAAUAUGUAUGGAUGUUGUCCCACAAAAGCGUUCACAUGCUCAUUGGCGUCAAACCCAGGGAAAACCUGUGGGCCAGGUGUCUCGUUCAAAUUCUACUACAAUGCCCAAACACAG